CUGACAACAUUCGCAUUUCCAUUGGAAUUGAAUGAUUUGCAAGAAUCUUCAGUUUUAUAUGUUCAAUAUGAGAUAGACGAACCUGAUAUUUGCGUAUUUAUUGAUUUGGAAAAGGAAAAAACAAAAGGAGAUCUGAGUUGUUUUGGAAAAAAUGCGAUUUUGAUUACAAGAUUGUCAGUAGACACGAUUGGACCAUUCGCAUUCAAAUUGUUAAAAUUGUCUGCUCAAUUUCCAGGGUAUGGAACUUAAUAUAUUAGAAAUAUGAAUUAUCACGGAUUUUUCAGACAUUUCGAAUUGGCUGGCAUUGAAAUGCUAUGGAGUUUAUCUGGAAACAAUCGAUUCCAAAUCAAUAUUCAAGCGAAAUUCGAGAAUUUGCUCGAAUCAUUUGACGAUGAAAAAAUCGGCGAGUUAAGCAAACAUAAAAUCGGAAGAACCAUCAAUUCCUUCUUCACCACUUUGAGUUUAUGGAAUUCGAAUUCUCUCGCUUUAUGGCCCAAUAAUCCACGAUAUAACUCAAAAGAAGGCUCGGAUUUCUUCGCGUUCUUCAAUGCUCUUCAAAAAACCACCGAAGAUUGGCAACCUGAAAAUGGAAAUGAAGAUAAAUAUGAAGUUCGUGAUGAUUUAUUAAAUAGUCAAUUAAUGGAUUAUCAAAAAACCACUGUAAAAUGGAUGAUUUCUCGAGAAAUUGAUGGAAAAAACACAGAAUUCUUCGGCCUUUUUCAAUGUCUUCCAAUUGAAUCAAUCUUCUAUUAUCCAGCUUUUGGUGUAUUUUCCAGAAAAUCAGGAGAUUUGAGGAUUGAAUCAAUUCCAAAUGGGGGAAUUUUGGCAGAUGAAAUGGGAUUGGGAAAAACACUCGAAAUGUUGGCAUUAAUUGUUUCGAAUCGUAAAGAAGUUCGAGGAUAUUUGAAGAACGAGGAACUAGAAGAAAAAUUGGAUUGGAAGCAAUAUGUAAGGUUUUUGUGUUGUAUUUCAUAUUCAUUUUGAAUUUCAGAAAAGGAAAAAAUCGAAAAAGAAUGGUCCGUUCCCUGUCAAUUAUACCCCCGAUCAGAGUACCGCAACGAAACAUUUUUGUGAAACAGUUUCACUUGGUUUUAGCAGAACAUUUUACAAAAUUUCAAUGUUUUCACUUUCUAUCUGAGUCACUUUUUUGAUUUUUCAACGAGUGUAACGAUUAAAAAUGAUCAGACAAUGAAAAAGAUCAAAUUAGAAAAAUAUUAAAAACGUGACACGGUGCAGGCGUGACGUGUUUUCGAUGCAAAACAUUUUCAAAAAAUGAAAUGCUUCACGUAUUUUUUCAUAACACAUUUAAUUUCUCGAAAUGUGUCAAACCAAAAAGAGUGACACAAAAAAAUGUUUCACGUUUUGAAAAAAUUAAUUGUGUGACACAUUAAAAUGUGUCACACAAUUUUUGUAUGACACAUUCAAUUUUUAAAAAUGUUUCAUUGGUUUUCAACGAAACAAAAAUUAUCAGCUGUUUCGUUUCGCCACAUUUUACAAUUUUAUGUAUUAGAGAAUUUGAUAGAAAAAGCGACCUGGAAGUGAAUUUGAACACAUUUUGAAAGGAUUAGUUUGUGAAGAUACUAUUUCACUUUUGAUAACUUAUGAAAUGGACCCGAAAAGUCGAGCCAAGUCAGAUUUUUUGAAAAAAAAAACUGACAAGGAAACCUUUCGGAACCGCCAAAAAAAUGAUAAUUUUUCCCAGCAAACCUCACCCAAUACCUGAUAUUCCAGGUGGGCAAUUUUUUUCUCGGAAAACCUAACCUUGUAAGUGGACAAAAAAUCUAAGAGCUUUCAAGGCCAGACUCAGUCGAGAAAAACAUUUUCACUAGGUGGGUAAUUUUGAAAAAUGAACCCAGGUGGGCAAUUUUUCAGCUACUGCUCCAGGUUCUUGGGUGAGGUUUGUUUUUCCAGAAACCUAAAGUCCUCCACAAAAUCUUAGCCUCACCGCCAAAAUUUUCAAAAAUUCGGAAAUUUGAUUUUAUGUGGAAAAUAAAAACACCUAUUUUUCAAAAAAAAAAAAAUCAAGUUUUCAUUUCAGCCUCAUUUUCAGCUAUACCAACUUUUUCAGAAAAAAUCAAAUUUCCGAAUUUUUGAAAAUUUUGGCGGUGAAGCUAAUUUUGUGGAGGACUUUUGCUGGGAAAAAUUAUCAUUUUUUUGGCGGUUCCGAAAGGUUUCCUUGUCAGUUUUUUUUUCAAAAAAUCUGACUUGGCUCGACUUUUCGGGUCCAUUUCAUAAGUUAUCAAAAGUGAAAUAGUAUCUUCACAAACUAAUCCUUUCAAAAUGUGUUCAAAUUCACUUCCAGGUCGCUUUUUCUAUCAAAUUCUCUAAUACAUAAAAUUGUAAAAUGUGGCGAAACGAAACAGCUGAUAAUUUUUGUUUCGUUGAAAACCAAUGAAACAUUUUUAAAAAUUGAAUGUGUCAUACAAAAAUUGUGUGACACAUUUUAAUGUGUCACACAAUUAAUUUUUUCAAAACGUGAAACAUUUUUUUGUGUCACUCUUUUUUUGGUUUGACACAUUUCGAGAAAUUAAAUGUGUUAUGAAAAAAUACGUGAAGCAUUUCAUUUUUGAAAAUGUUUUGCAUCGAAAACACGUCACGCCUGCACCGUGUCACGUUUUUAAUAUUUUUCUAAUUUGAUCUUUUUCAUUGUCUGAUCAUUUUUUAUUUGUGAAGUGUUGUGAAUUUUUUUGAGUGGUGCUAUUUUUGUUUCGAAAUUCAUGAAAAUCAGUGACACUUACAAGAAAACUCAGUUUCAUGUUUCGCCUUGUUUCGAAACAAAACAAAAUCUUGCGGUACUCUGCCCCCGAUAAAUAUCGAUCAAAUCAACAAAUAAAGAGGGAAAUCUUGAGAAAUUGUACAAAAUGUCAGGAGCUUUGUGUUGAACAGAAAUGUGGCUGGAAAGCAGAAUUCGACGCGGAAAACAUCGUGUUUCUAUGCCCGCAAUGUAUGGCGAAAGAAGAUAUAUUGGAAGUUGGAACAACUUUGGUUAUCAUGCCAGAAACAUUGAGUUUGCAAUGGUAUCAGGAAAUUGUUAAGCAUUGUAAUGAGAAUUUGAGAGUUAUGGUAAGUGAACUGGUUGCUUUUGCAUUUGUCAGAACCUGCAAAGGGUAGGUUCUAAUAUGAGUGAUGACGUGGCAAAAUUGGGACUUCAGAACUAGAUUUAAAAUUGUUUUUUUUUCACGAAAAUCUGAGGAUCAAUGGAAACCAGUUUCAAAGCUAGUUCUGACCUCCUAAAAUCCCAAUUUUCAAAAUUUGCCACGUCAUAACUCGUUUUUUUUGUCCAGUUCUACUUUGGCCUGAAGAAAACCGGCUAUUUGAAUCCGCACGACAUUGCAAAACACGAUUUGAUUUUUGUGACCUAUGAGACUUUGCUCACCGAACUCACUUUUGCCAAUUUCAAAAAUUUCAAUGAAUCGGGAGACGCAAAGUAUUCGCCAAGUUCGAUGAAUCAUGUGAAAUGGUGGAGGGUGAGUUGUGCCACGUGGCAAAAUGGUUUUUGGUAGCUUUACGAUCCUGUUGUCUGAAAUUGCAGCUCGCUGAUGAGUUAUGACGUGGCAAAGGGAGUUUAGGUGGUGAAAACUAGCGACAUAGAUCUUCUGGAGGAUAAAAAUCGCUAGUUUUCACCACCUUAAGUCCCUUUGCCACGUCAUAACUCAUCAGUGAGCUGCAAUUUCAGAAACCAGGAUCAGCCUGUCGAAAGCUACUGAAAAGUAAAUUUUAAAUCCAAUUUUUCUUCUCCAGUUAAUCGCUGACGAAUCACAAUUAGUUGAAGUUGGCUCAACUAAACCGGCUCAAAUGUGUCAAAUUCUUCAAGCCAAAUACAAAUGGGCGAUGACUGGAACGCCGAUUCUCAAAGAUAUUCAUGGACUCGGUGGACUUUUUGAUUUUAUCGAUUUUUGGCCAUUAUCCAAUGAACAUUUUUGGAAUAAUUUUGUGAUUCCUGGUGAGCAUUUUCAACAAGUUUUCUCAUAAGCACAAUUUUUUCUAGAUUUUUUAUCGAAAGUUGAGAAAAAUGAGGCUGGUCAAAGUUGGCUGAUCAAAUUUGGAUCACAAGUUAUGCGAAGAAAUUCAAAAUCGAUGGUUGAGGCACAAAUCAAGUUACCGAAAUUAGUGGAAAUUGAGAAAAUUGUGAAAUUUUCAACGAUUGAGGAGCGAAAAUAUAAAAAUGAUCGAGAUGAGUUGAGAGAUUCGAUUGAAAAUGUUUUACAAAUUCAAAAUGUUGCCGAUGAGACUUUGAUUAAGGAUAUGAGAGGAAGAGAUCGGAUUAUGCAUUUUUUAGGAACUCUUAAGGAGUCGUUGAUUUCUUGUGGGUUUUUUUUGGGUGGAAUUUGGAUUUCUAGGCCAUCAGAAGCACGUUUUUGGGUUUCUAGGCCACCGGGAGCACGUUUUCAGGUUUCUAGGCCAAAUUUUGGAAUCCUAGGCCAUGGAAAUCGUGGUUUCGGGUUUCUAGUUCAUGUCUUGGAUUUUUAGGCCACCAGGAGCGUGUUUUUCGGUUUCCUAGGCCACCGAAAUCGUGUUUGUGAGUUUCUAGGCCACGGAAAUCGUGUUUUUGGGUGUCUAGGUCAUUUGUUGGUUUUCUCGGCCACCAGGAACAUGAUUUUAGGUUUCUAGGCCACCACGAGCAUGUUUUCGGAUUUCUGGGCCACCAGGAGCAUGUUUUUGGAUUUCUAGGCCAAAUUUUUGAAUUCUAGGAAACUGAAUUCGUGAUUUUGGGUUUCUAGGUCAUCUGUUGGAUUUCUCGGCCACCAGGAGCAUGUUUUUGAAUUUCUAGGCCAAAUUUCUGAGCUCUAGACUACGGAAAUCGUGGUUUUGGGUUUCUAUGCCACGUCUAGGAUUUUUAGGCCACCAGGAGCAUGUUUUUGGAUUUCUAGGCCACGGCUAGAUUUUAAGGCCACCAGGAGCCGGAUUUUAGGUUUCUAGGACUCCAGGAGCAUGUUUCUGGAUUUCUAGGCCAUCAAACUCGUGUUUUUGGGUUUCUAGGUCAUCUGUUGGGUUUCUAGGCCACCAGGAACAUGCUUCUGGAUUUCUAGGCCACCAGGAGAAUGUUUUUGGAUUUCUAGGCCAUCUAUUGGUUUUCUCGACCACCAGAAGCGUGUUUUUCGGUUUCCAGACCAGAAAACUCGUGUUUUUGAGCUUUUAGGCCAAAUUUUGGAAUUCUAGGCCACCAGGAGAAUGCUUUUUGAUUUCUAGGCCAAAUUGUGGAAUUCUAGGCCAUCAAAAUCGUGUUUUUGGGUUUCUAGGCCUCCAGAAGCAUCUUUUUGGGCUUCUAGACCGCGGGGAAACCAAUUUUGGCUUAAAAAAAUCUUUCAAGCCCCUAGACAUGACCUAUAAUUUUUGUCAGGCGGCGAGCAUUUGAAUAUGUCGGUUCGGGAAUGGAAUAAGCGCAAAUCGGCCGACGACGAAAUCAGCAUGCCAAACCCGAAAAACAUUGUGUUCCGCAUGAUUUGCAAGAAAAAACGGGAGAUUCGUGAAAUGUUGCGACAAAUCAUCAAUACUUGUAUAAGCGACGCUGAAAUUUAUUGGCUGGAAAAGGAUUUUGCUGGAAUUGCCAAGGGAUAUGAGGAGAUUUUGCGGAUGAUGGAGAUUUUGCAGGAUUUGAAUGAGAGUUUUGAACAAUUGAGUGGAAUUGAGAUUGAGGAAGAGGAAGAGAAGACAGGUGAGCAUUUUUCAUCCGAAAAAUCCCAUUUCCCCCUCGAAUUUUAGGCGAAAACCCGGCAAAAGUGCGCAAAAUUGAACCGAAAGAUGAAGAUGAAGAUGAAGAUGAAAAUCCAGAAGAUGAUGAAGCUGAAGAUGAGACUGUUGUCAAAUCGACGAGUGAUUUACAGAAAAGAGCGCAGAAGGCGAUGAGAAUUGAUACGAAGUCGAUGGUUCAUUUGAUGGUGUAGGUUCAGAGACGGAAGAGCUUAGUUUACAAGUGGUCGCGCCGAGAAAGCUCAAUUUUCAAGCCUCGCCUAAUUGUCUAGGCGUCGCGUGUACAGAUCAAUUCUUGCAAGUAGCUGCGCCUAGAUAGCCGCAUUGGCAAGCAGCCGCGCCUUGAGAUCUCAAUUUUCAAGGGCCAGAGCCUGAAGAGCCUUAUUAACAAGCAACCGCUCCUAGAGAACAACUUUGACAAGCGGCCGCGCCUUGAAAGCCUGGAUUGCAAGGUGUCGCGGCUUUAGUGCAUCUAUGACAAGUAGCCGAUCCUAGAGAUCCACUCUGUCAAGGAUCCGCGCCUAGAGAACCGCUUUGGCAGGCAGCCGCGCCUAGAGAGCUUCUAUGACAAGUAGUCGCGCCUUAAAAGCCUGGGUUUCAAGUAGGCGAGCCUAGAAAAUAAAAAUUUUCAAGGGCCAGCGCCUAGAGGAUAUAGUUUUCUAGUAGCCGCGUCUAGAGAACCCAAUUUUCUAGGACUCGCGUCUGAAGAUCAAUUCUGGCAAGUGGCCGCGCCUUGAGAGCUCAAUUUUCAAGAGCCGGACCCUGAAGAGCCUAAUUAACAAGCAACCGCUCCUAGAGAACCACUUUGACAAGCGGCCGCUUCUUGAGAGCAUAAUUCUCAAGUAGCCCCGUCUAGAAAAUUCAAUUUUCAAGACCUAGAACCCAGAUAGCCCCAAAUUCGAAUUUUCCAGAAAUCUUCAAAAAUUUGCUGAAAUCAACCCAAAAGGCGGUGAAAUCAUCCAAAAAAUUGGCGGAAUUUCAAAAGUUCACGAACAAAUCAACUCGUCAAUUCUCACAUUUUUACAAUUCGAUUUGAAAAGACUCGACAAAAUGCUCCAAAUCAUCGAUCGAAAUAUGGAACCGGAUCAAACGAUUUGUGUGAAAAUUAUCGAGAAUUUGGCGGCGUUUUAUGAGAAUCAAAAGAUUUGCGAUGAUUCGUCGUUGGUGAAUUCGUUGAAGUUGAAGAAAUUGGGAAAAGUUUGUGAGCAAUUGCCAUUUUGGCCGAUUUUCGAGGAUCCGAAGAAGCAUUUGGUGGAUGGAGCUGUGAAAUUGGAGUGGGUUGGAGAUUUCGGGGAAAUGACGUUAGAAUUUUGAAAAAUGGCUCUGAAAAGACAUGUGGCUGAUUUUUGCUAACAAAAACACAGUAACCGGAAUUUUUGCGCCAAAAAUUCUGAGAUAAAUUUUGAAUUUCAAAAAAGUGGCGGCAAAAUGACACGUGGCAGAAUUUUCAAGAAGACGCGUCUUGAAAGCAGAGUUUUCAAAUAGCCACGCCUAAAGAACCUAUUGCUCAAGCAGUCGCGCCUACAGAACCACCUUGACAAGCAGCCGCACCUAGAGAACCACCCUGACAAGCAGCCGCUCCUUGAGAGCCUAAUUCUCAAGGUGUAGCGGCUUGAGCGCUUCAAUGACAAGUAGUCGAGCCUAGAGAUCCACUGUAUCAAGGAUCCGCGCCUACAGAAUAGGAAAUCUUUAAUCACAAUUCAAUUUUCCAGAAAACCACAAAGCAAAUGUCACAAUGAAAACACGUGUAUGGGAAUUUGCAAUAACUCGACAUUUUCUCAAUUAUAUCCAACUUAUAAAUUGGCAACGAAUUUCGAAGUCUACAAAAAUUUAUCGAUUUAUUUGGAAAAUAUUGUGAAUUUGAGUCAGGAAUUAAAAGAGGAUUUUGGAUUAUUGAUUGAUUAUUUCAAGAAUCUUUCAACUUAUAACAAUAUCAAAAAUGCGAAUCUCAAUAUUUCUCCAAAAUGCCAACAUCCAGAUCUCAAUAAAAUCAGUGCUGAUGAAAAUGACAGGAAACUCGAAAAAAAUAAAUUGAAAUGUGAAAUUUGUCGAGUUUAUCAUAGUUUGAUACAUUUACGAUAUUUGAUUGGAUUGGGAAGUUUUCAUGGACAUCCGAAAAUUGAACAUUAUUUGAAGAAAUUGGAGAUUUCGAAGCUAUUUGAGAUGAUUUUGGAGAAGGAAACGAGAAAGGAAUUGGUGGAAAGGGCAGAGAUUCGGUAGGGGGUCGAACCUGGCAUGUCUAGAUUGCUGGACAAACCUCUAACCAGCUGAACUAUUUUUCCAGAAGCUUCUAUAAAUUCACAUGUCGAAUUCAUUCAUUGACCCGAUAUAUUCAUAACUAUUGCAUCAGAUUGAUGGAUUAUGAGGAGAAGUUGAGAAGUUUGUCAUUGGUUGAGAAUCGAAAAACUAUGGAAGAAUUGAGAAGAUCGCAAGAGGGAACAUCAGAUCGCGAAAUUCGAGAGGUUUGCAGUUUUUGGCCUGAAGUUUGGGCUUUAGAGUAUAGUUUUCAAGUGGCUGCGUCUAGAUAACCCAAUUUUCUAGGAGCCCCGCCUAGAGGGCUUAAUUUUCAAGUGGUCGCACCUUGAGAGCCUAGGUUUCAAGUAGCUGCGCCUAUAGAACGACCCUGACAAGUAGCCGUUCCUUGAAAGCCUGGAUUUCAAGGUGUCGCGGCUUUAGUGCUUCAAUGACAAGUAGCCGAGCCUAGAGAUUCACUGUGUCAAGGAUCCGAGCCUACAGAAUAUAAUUGACUAGGUUUCGCGUCUGAGUUUCCACUCUCGCAAGGAGCCGCGCCUUGAAAGCCUGGAUUUCAAGUGGACGAGCCUAGAAAAUGAAAAUUUUCAAGAGCCAGCGCCUAGAGGCUAUAGUUUUCAAGUAGCCGCGUCUAGAGACCCUAAUUGUCUAGGCGUUGCGUCUGAAGAUCAAUUCUGGCAAGCAGCUGCGUCUUCAGAACUGCUAUGACAAGCAGCCGAGCCUAGAGAUUCACUGUGUCAAGGAUCCGCGCUUAUAAUUGUCUAGGUUUCGCCUCUGAGUUUCCACUCUAGCAAGAGGCCGCGCCGAGAAAGCCUAAAAGUGCUCCCGUUGCCACUAAUAUGAGCAAUGUUUAUUUUUCCCGUUUUUCAGGCCGGCCAUAUUCGAUAUUCGGAACUUAUCGAAAAUUCCAUCCCAAAAUUGAAGCAAUUUUGCCACGAAUUUCGAUAUUUGGCCACACUUUGUUGUGAAAAUGGUGAUGAAAAAGCGGAUUGUUGUCCGAUUUGCUGGAAAGACUUGGAGGAUGUUUUGGCCAUUUUCCCGUGUGCACAUCGAAUUUGUCACGAUUGUUUUGAGCAACUCAAAAAUGAGAAGUUAGUUGAGGAUUUUUUGGGCUUGGGGGAUCAGACUAUGAUUUUCAGUGUUUCAAAUUUAUAUUGCGUUUUUGGAACCUAAAAAAUAUGAUGCAAGUAACAAUGUCCAUCAAAAUUGUAUGCUGAAAAUGAAGAAUUUUAUGAUUUUCAGCCCGAAAUUCCAAUCUAGACAACAUUUUUUUCUAAUUUUUUCACUGUUUCAAAAUUUGGAUAAGUUUUGCGAAGGUUUUUCGGGUGCUACUUGUCAACUGAAACUUUUUGCUGAAAAUCAUGAAAACACCCAUUUUCAGCAAUUUUCAGUGGUUUCAUGAUUUUCAGCAUAAAAUUAAGUCUAGAAAUUUCCAAAAUUUGUUACGUUUCAAAAAUUCAUAAAUUUUUGAGAAGUGAAUAAAUUUUGAUUCCAGGAUAUAUGUUUGAUCUAAAAUUUUAAGCUGAAAUCAUGUAAAAGCUGAAAAUUGCUGAAAAUGAAGAAUUUCAUGAUUUUCAGCACAAAAUUCUUAUCUGGAAUUUUUUAAAAAAUUUCUUCACUGUUUCAAAAUUUGGAUAAGUUUGCGAAGGUUUUUCGGGAUCUGAUCGUUCUACAUCUACUUCUAAACUGAAAUGUUGUGCUAAAAAUCAAGAAAACCUCAAAUUUCAGUGGAUUCAUGAUUUUCAGCACAAAAUUCUGAUCUAGAAAUUUCCAUGAUUUUUUUACGUUUCAAAAAUUUAAUAUAUUUUUUGGAACCUUUUUGAUAUUACCAAUGGACAUUUUGCAUCAAAAUUUUACGCUGAAAACCAUUAAAUUGCUGAAAAUGAAGAAUUUUAUGAUUUUCAGCACAAAAUUCUGAUCUGGAAAUUUUUUAAAAAUUUUUUCACUGUUUCAAAAAUUUUUCAAUUGUUUUUAAUCCUAAUAUUUUUUGGUACAUUUUCUAUGAUUUUGGUACAUUUUCUAUCAGAAUUUUGUGCUGAACUUUCAUUUUCGGCCAUUUUCAGUGGUUUCAUGAUUUUCAGCACAAAAUUCUGAUCCAGAGAAUUUUUUCACUGUUUCAAAAAUUUAAUAAUUUUUUUGGAACCCAAAAAUGUUUUGAUGUUAUCAAUGGACAUUUUGCAUCAAAAUUUUACGCUGAAAACCAUCAAAAUGCUGAAAAUUGCUGAAAAUGAAGAAUUUCAUGAUUUUCAGCACAAAAUUCUGAUCUGGAAAUUUUGUCUAAUUUUUUCCACUGUUUCAAAAAUUUAAUAUUUUUUUGGAACCCAAAAAUGUUUUGAUGUUAUCAAUGGACAUUUUGCAUCAAAAUUUUACGCUGAAAACCAUCAAAAUGCUGAAAAUUGCUGAAAAUGAAGACUUUCAUGAUUUUCAGCACAAAAUUCUGAUCUGGAAAUUUUGUCUAAUUUUUUCCACUGUUUCAAAAAUUUAAUAUUUUUUUGGAACCCAAAAAUGUUUUGAUGUUAUCAAUGGACAUUUUGCAUCAAAAUUUUACGCUGAAAACCAUCAAAAUGCUGAAAAUUGCUGAAAAUGAAGAAUUUCAUGAUUUUCAGCACAAAAUUCUGAUCUGGAAAUUUUGUCUAAUUUUUUCCACUGUUUCAAAAAUUUAAUAUUUUUUGGAACCCAAAAAUGUUUUGAUGUUAUCAAUGGACAUUUUGCAUCAAAAUUUUACGCUGAAAACCAUCAAAAUGCUGAAAAUUGCUGAAAAUGAAGAAUUUCAUGAUUUUCAGCACAAAAUUUUGAUACGUUUAUAUUUCUAGCCCUGAUUCUAACUCGAUUGUUUGCUCAACAUGCUCCAAAUUCUUCAAACUCAUCGAAAUCAUCAUCGCGUGCCAACCGAGUCGCCAACAAUCAAAUGUGAUUAAUGGAAUCACAUUGGCUGUCAAAUUGGAGGAAACCAUCAAACUCAUUCGCGAAAUUCUCCAGGAAAAUGAGGAAAAUAAGAUUAUCCUCUUCACAAAUUUCGAAAUCAACCGACCGAUUUGGACGUUUUUGACACAUAUUUUGGGAAAAGCUAAGGUCUAACUCUCCUCGACGAAAAAUUAACCUUAAAAAUUAAAAAAAAAAUUCAGGUUCCAUUCAUUGAGGUGAAUAAUGUGCACUAUGGAAAAAAUAUGUCGGAAUUUGAAACAUCGAAAAAUUGUCGAGUUCUUUUGUGCUCUUUGUCAAGAUGUGCGAAUGGACUGAAUUUGACACAUGCAAAUCACAUUAUUUUUCUGGAUCCAACACAUUUAUCAUCAGUUAUUCAACAAGCAAUUGGACGAAUUGCAAGAAUUGGACAGAAAAAUGAGAUGAAAGUAUAUCAUAUGAUUGUUGAGACAAGUAUUGAUGAAGAGAUACGGAAAAUUGCCAAAAAUGGAAUGAAUGUGGAAGGAAAGGCGAUUGAGAGUGCGUUUUUUGGGGGAAUUUCUCAAAAAAAAAUUUUUUUCGCGCUGAAAAUUAUAAAAACCUUGAUUUUCAGCGCAAAAUUUUGAACUAGAAAUUUCCAAGAUUUUUUAUGUUUCAAAAAUUUGUCAAUUGUUUUGAAUCCUAAUAUUGAGAUGCUUUUGGUACAUUUUUAAUCAGAAUUUUGUGCUGAAAAUUAUAAAAACUUUCAUUUUCAGCAAUUUCUAGUGGUUUCUUGGUUUUCAGCACAAAAUUCUGAUCUAGAAAUUUUAAAGAUUUUUUUACGUUUCAAAAAUUUAAUAAUUUUUUGAAUAACAAUUUUUCCUAAUAUUGGGAUUGUACGACCCAUUUUGUGCUGAAAAUCAUAAAAACCUUCAUUUUCAGUAAUUUCCAGUGGUUUCCUGAUUUUCAGCUGAAAAUGAAGAAUUUUAUGAUUUUCAGCCCGAAUAUCUAAUCUAGAGAAUUUUUUUCUAAUUUUUUCACUGUUUCAAAAUUUGGAUAAGUUUUGCGAAGGUUUUUCGGGAUUGCUGCUCUCGUUAGAAUACUUCCAGACUGAAAUUUUGCUCUGAAAAUUACAAAAUUCUCCAUUUUCAGCAAUUUCCAGUGGUUUCAUGAUUUUUCAGCACACAAUUUGAAUUUUGUUAUAAAAUCUUUGAAGAACCGAAUUUUUAUGCUCGAAAAAAAAUUAAAAGAUUUUUGGAACGGUGAAAAAAUCCAAAAUUGUCAAGAUCAGAAUUUUGUGCUGAAAACCACUGAAAAUAACUAAUUUGAUGAUUUUCAGCACGAAAUUUUAUUCUAGAAAUUUUUUUUCCAAUUUUUUCACUGUUUCAAAAAUGUGUCAAUUUUUUUCAAAUCCUAAUAUCCAGAUUCUAUCUUUAAUGAACAUUAAUCAUCAAAAUUUUGUGCUGAAAAUCAUAAAAAUCUUCAUUUUCAGUGGUUUCAAGAUUUUCAGCACACAAUUCUGAUAUAACAUUUUUUUUCUAAUUUUUCACUGUUUCAAAAAUUUGUCAAUUGUUUUGAAUCUAAUAUUGAGAUGCUAUUUCAAGUGAUUUUUUCAUCAAAAUUUUGUGCUGAAAAUCGCUGAAAAUGGAUAAUUCUAUAAUGUUCAGCACAAAAUUCUGAUCUAGAAAUUUCCAUGAUUUUUUACGCUUCAAAAAUUUAAUAAUUUUUCUGAAACCUAAAAAUGUUUUGAUAUUACUACUGGGCUUCUCAAUAAAAAUGUUGUGCUGAAAAUGAAGAAUUUUAUGAUUUUCAGCGCAAAAUUCUGAUCUAGAGAAAAUUUUCCUAAUUUUUUUCACUGUUUCAAAAAUGUGUCAAUUGUUUUUGAAUCCUAAUAUAUCUCAAUAACAACGCUAAGAAUCUUUUCACCAAAAUUUUACGCUGAAAAUCACGAAAAUGCUGAAAAUGGAUAAUUCUAUAAUGUUCAGCGCAAAAUUUGGAUCUAGGCCACGUUUGGAUUUCUAGGCCACCAAAUUCCAAAUUUUUUCAGAAACCGAUUUGACUGUUGGCCAACUUCGACAAAUGUUUGGAAUUCGCCCAAUUUAA